CUGUAACGCUGACGUCAUGACGCACAGCCGGUAGUGUCACGCAGAGCGUACGGUUGUUGUGGCGAGGUCAUGUUUCUCAACAAUGAACUUGGUCCGAAAACGCCUCAGACCCAGCCCGUCCAGACCUUCCCCCCCCCGGCCACAGAGCCCCACGCUCCCAUGAUGCAUUGCAGCAUCCUGCAGGGGGGGAGGAGGAGGAGGAGGAGGAGGGAUACCUGGUGGUAGAGGAAGAUACAGACUCCAGCCUCAUCAUCACCAUGGAGGAGAGUCAGGUGGAGGUGAAGGCAGCGAGGAGGAAAUCGGUGAGAAAGAGGAAGAAGAGAAUGACGGAGGAGGAGGAGGAAAGGGGCGGGGCUUCAGAGAGCGAGGAGGAGGAGCCUGUGGAUAUCGACAGGCAGCUUGACCAAUCACUGGAGACCAAAUCCAAACAGCACAAUCUGACCACCGUGAACGUCAGGAACAUCAUCCAUGAAGUGAUCACUAACGAGCACGUGGUGGCCAUGAUGAAAGCUGCCAUCAAUGACACCGAGGCUGUGCCCGCUUUCGUGAGUCUCUCGUCCAAUCAGAAGCUCUCAUUCACCUGUGCUCACCUGCUGAGCUUCAUGUGUCUUUAUCUCCUGCAGGAACCCAAGAUGACCCGGGCGAAGUUCAAAGAGGUGGUGGAGAAAGGAGUGGUGAUCCCAGCAUGGAACCUGUCUCCCAUCAAGAAGACCAGCGACGCCAACAAGGCUCCUCAGUUCGUGGACAUCCAGCUGGCGGAGGAAGACUCCUCUGAUGAAGAGUAUCAUCCUGAUGAAGACGAGGAAGACGAGACCGCAGAGGAC